AUGAUUCCUCAAAUUCCGGACCCGUGGAUCAGUUCUGAACCAAACGGGUUCCUUCCCGCGUCCAACGUAGCGAAGCCUGGAAUGCCCGGCUUAGCUCUGGACAAAGCCAUGGUUUCGAAAUCAGCUAAGGAUGAGGUUUCCGUUAAGUCGAAGUUCAUGCGACGGCUAGCAGCGAGCGAUGAGGAGACGAGGGACCAGGCGUUUGAGGUCUUGUCGCGAUGGCUGGUCGCGCGCAAGGAGAUCGCCGAAGAAGACCUCCUGAAAAUCUGGAAGGGCCUGUUCUACUGCAUGUGGCAUUCGGACAAACCGCCGGUUCAGGCGAACCUCGCGGAAAGAAUGUCCGGUAUUCUGAUCUCGCUCGAUCCUGACCUCGCGCUGCUGUUUCUGCGAACCUUCUGGAAGACGAUGCGACGGGAAUGGGGAGGAAUCGACUACCAUCGUCUGGAUAAAUUCUAUAUGCUCGUCCGCCUGGUCAUGCGGAAUAUUCUCGAGUUUUUGGAGAAACGGGAGUGGGAGGAAGCGGUGGUUUCGGAUCUUGCUGCGUGCGUCAUGCAACAGGGGCUUCUUGCUAAGGACAAAUAUCGGGCUAUCGGUCUCGAACUGCAUAUACUGGAUAUUUUCAACGAGCUCUUUAAAAAGUCUGGAGGGGGUGACGUCAGAGCGGUGAAGGCUGUUCUGCAAUUCUCUAAGCCAGUGGUGGGUGUGAUUCAAACGAAGGAGGACGGACGGUUGCACAAGCGGGCUCUGAGUUCCGUGUUCUCGGGACUGGCGGAAUAUUUACGGAACGAAGCGACAAACUCGACCGAUGCUUCGUACGUGGCUGCGCUUCAAGAGGCAGCCGCCGAGAUGUCCGCUGAUAUCAAAGCAGCGCACGGCACGGCGAAAGGGAAAAAGAAAAGCAUGCUGCGGAAAGGACAGGCGAUUUUCACGGCGCUGAUAAACGAACUGUCUGGGAGUGAUCCUGCUGAAGGAGGGGAAAAUGGGGAAGAGGAAGAUGAUGGUGAUGACAUGCAGGGUUUAGAUGAGGACGGCGCUGCUGGCGGAAAGGACGACGCUGGUGAUGGUGAAGGGGAAGAGAUGGAAGAAGGGGAAGAGGAGGAGGGAGAAACCGGGGGACAGGGUUCAGGGGAAGGUUCAGGGGACGAGGAGGAUGGGGAAGCGGAGGACGGGGAAGCGGAGGACGGGGAAGCGGAGGACGGGGAAGCGGAGGGCGGGGAAGCGGAGGACGGGGAAGAGCAGGACGCGGAAGCUGAAAUGGAACAGCAGAAUGGCGCGAAGGUGGAAGAUGAUUGUGGGGAGCAUGGUGAGGAGGAAGCAGAUAAACCCAGCGGGAGUGUAAGUAAUGGAGUCGUGGCUGGGUCUGCUGAUGCGGGUGGUGAGAAGCAGCCGAAUUCGACCUCCAAGCGCAAGAGACGGCAGCAGCAGGAGCAGCAGAAGCAGCAGCAACAGCAGCAGCCGAAGGAGGGCAGUGGUUCGGGCAAGAAACGCAAGGGAAAGAAGGAUGUCGUGACCAAGGAAGCAGAGAGUGCUGAGAGGGAGGGGCAGCAGACGGUACAGGGACAAGCAGUUGAAGACGCAUCAGCAGCAGCAGCAGCAGACCCUAUCCCCACUGCCGCAACAGCUACCCUACGAUCAGUGCUGGUGCACCCGCAUUUGUCCAUAAACGCCAAGGCUGAAGGACCGGGCGGCAGCGGGGCGGCAGACGAGGAGGAAGCGGACGGGUUCCGCACGCCAGAAAAGGACAUCAUAGACGCCUUCUCACACUUCGAUUUCCCCCAGGAUCUCGCCACAGGAGCCGGCAGCGUGGGUGCUCGGAUCAUGGCUGCAGGUGAAGCAGCCGCCGCAGCAGGGAGCGAGGCAGGAGGUCCGGUGACCCGAUCCAAGGACGGGAGAACAGACGCUGCAGCAGUCGGCGUGCAGUCAGCUCCGGCAGGAAAGGCGGGCGGUGCUGCGGGCAAGCGGAAGAAAAGGGUGAAAUUCGUGCUGAGCCGCAACCUGGAGAUGGCGAAGGGAGGCCCGGUGCCGCCUUCUGCUGUGCGCACACCACCUGCUUCCCGGCCUAAAGGCAGUGCCCUCAAGCCUGGGACCAAGCCGGGGCCGAUUAACAUGCGCAUGCUUAUGGCGACUGCAGACACGAGCCCCUCUCAGAUGACUGCUUCUGGGCGGAAGAAGAUGGAUAAAGCUGCUCGCUCUCCUGCCAAGUCCCCUUCUGCUGUGUCUCUGCGCCUGGCUAAUUUCCUGCAGUGA